AUGGGACCUCAGGUGAUUGGGCUUGAGAUAACUGAACUUAGGUUAGGUCUACCGGGCGGGGGCGACAGUGGUGAGAGAAGAGUGAAGAAGAGGGUGAUUUCCGAAGGCGGGCAGGAGGUGGAUGUGGUGGUAGGGUGGCCACCGGUGGGGUUGUAUAGGAAGAAUGUUGUGGCAAAGUUGUACGUGAAAGUGAGCAUGGAUGGUGUACCGAUUCUUAGAAAAGUUGAUAUAAGUUGUUUUAAAGGGUAUUCUGAGCUUGGCAUGGGUCUUGAGAAGCUCUUUGAUUGUUAUGGAAUUGGUCAAGCUAUGGAAGAAGACAAUGGGAGUUGUGAAUACACAACAAUAUAUGAAGACAAAGAUGGGGAUUGGAUGCUUGUUGGAGACGUCCCUUGGCUGAUGUUUGUCGAGACAUGCAAGAGACUAAGGAUUAAGAGAAGAUGA